CACCGACCACUCUCAAAUCUAGCGCAUCACCUCGCUUCUCCUACUUUCUUCGUCGCAACAACAACAACAACAGCUACACCUCACGUCGACACGACAAGCCAAAUAAAAAAAAAAACAAGAACAAUCAUAGACAAGAGAAAUAUAGACAACAUGUCUGAGACGCACACCUACGAGUUCAACGUCACCAUGACCUGCGGCGGCUGCUCCGGCGCCAUCGACCGAGUCCUCAAGAAGCUCGAGGGCGUCGAAAGCUACGAAGUCUCCCUCGACAACCAGACCGCAAAGGUCGUCACCGCGCUGCCCUACGAGACGGUCCUGACCAAGAUUGCCAAGACGGGCAAGAAGAUCAACUCGGCGACGGCCGACGGCGUGCCGCAGUCUGUCGAGGUAUCUGUGUAGGGGACGGGUUCUGUUUGUGCAUAUUAGAGCAAAAGAUAAAAAUAAGCCUUCGGAAUUGCAGAGCGGGAGGGAGAAUAAAGUCGCGACAAGGGACAACAAGGUGACGGAGAGGGGAGCGGGAGAAGACACUUGUUUUUUUUUUCCUUUUCCUAUUUUGUUCAACCGAUUCAGCGCUUCG